AUGUUCGCCAGUCGCUCCGGUACUAUCAAGAGGGCAAUAGAGCAAGCACGAGAGAACGCUGAUCCGUGCACCGACCCGGUUCUCAUUGAAAUAGACCUUGUCGUGGUUCCUGCAGCUGGCCGGAAGUAUGGCCGGCUGGAACUCGAGGCUGUCGCCGGGGUACCGCAGCGCCCACAGCCUGCCGACCUCCUAUCUCCAAAGCUCUGCAAGAUCUGGGCCAACAUGGUCAAGAGCUUGGAUGAUCAGGUGCCUUACUUGAAGCCUGAAUACCCCGCUUCGCAACGACUAGCAAUUCGCGCAGAUCAGGGCGAGGAGCCUGACGAUAUACUCCACCACACGAAGGCCCUCAUGACCCUGGGCGAGGAGCUCGAAGCCACCAAGGCUGUGUUCUCGGCUCUGGACGAGGCUUUUGUGGGCAUGGGAGACGGUCUGGGGGAGGCGGUGGCCGAAGACCCCGUCCAGUGGCUGUGCAUCUCCAUGACUCUUCGGGAUUCCUGGAUCUUCAAGGACGCAGCCUGCCAUGUGGUCGGCAAAUGGCACAAUUUGGAACAUGAGGUGAAGAUGUCGAUCCCCGAGGCCGCCCGCCGCGUCUGCCAGAGCCAUAGCGACAAGCUCGUCCAACGCUGUCAAGAUGUCGAGGAUUACAUGAUGAACAUCGAGUUUGCCCCCUCGGAUGAUCCAGGCCCGUCUGACUUGCUGGGCUUGAGCCCGCAUAUGUGGGUGGCACUCACUCGGUUUCGAGAAUGGGUGUACAAGAAUAUCAGUGAGGGAAACGGCUUCCGUGGCGCAGAGGGAGGCUUCAUUCUCUAUCGCUACUUGUGUGAAGAGGAGGAUGACGACAAUGACGAAUAUGAUAAUCAAUGGGCCCCCUAUCUUGACGAAGACGAUUGCCCCAAGGAGGAUGCGGACGAGGUCAAUGCAGGUCUGCUCUGCCUCAGGGAGCUUUGUGUGGACAAGCUGGAGCCGCUCUUGGAGUCCAAUGUCAGCGAUUCGAGUGUUCGCUACUUGACUUGUGCCGAGAUUGACAAUGAGGAUGUCCCCUGGGAUGAUGAGGAUGAUGAUGAGGAUGAUGAUAAUGAUGAUGAUGAGGAUGAUGAAUGAGCAUUGCCAUCCGGCGUUUGUGCUAUUAGCUUCCAUUCUCUCAAGCGUCUGCUACACCAACAUGGACAGCUUGGCUCGCACUUCAUCUCGAUACCUCGUCAUCGCCAUUGCCUUUCCGCCAACUUAUCAGUGUGCCCAAUGUGCAAGGUCCAUCUCGGUUAUUCUAGCCUUGUGAAAUCCCAUCUUCCACGCUUUGCUUUCUGCUUGCUUUCCUCUCACUACGGCAAUGCUUGUUAAAUUGGAUAUCGGUGACCCGCGUGCCUGCCAAUCCUUCAUUGCCCUCCUCUGUUGACAAUUCUUUACUUCUAGUGACAUGGUGUUUGGCUCAGUCACUGUGUUAAAACAAACUCGAUAUCGGUCUUGCUUCUUCUUCUUCCCCAUACUGACCCUGAUAUCAAUUUGCUUUUACUGCGUGUUACUACCUUUUCUUUGGCUCCGUACAAAUCACCACCUUGACAUCUGACUUG